AACCAUAGAAUACUCGGCCGGCUCCCAGGAGCUGGCUAGAGGGGCCGCCAUUUGCCGGAGGUCCUAGAGGCGGCUGGGCCGGGGGGCGGUCGCACAAAGGGAGUCUCGGGAGGCUUUUCCAGCUGCCGGUCGACCAUAGAGAUGCGGCUCCUGCCGGCCGCGGCUGGGAGCCUUGCAGGAGUCCGAACGCCUCCCCAGUCCGCCGGCUCCUGUGAAUUUCGCGCCCUCCCCAUGAUGUGGACGUUGUCACCGCCUCCACUGUUCAGAGAGGAGAGCUGAGGCCCCGAGAGGCGAGGUGACCGGCUGGCCUAGGCCACGCGGCGACCCGGACGCCACAGCACAUAAGAGGCCACAGUGUGCUCAUUGGUAGUGAUGACAGACCCCAUGAUGCCAGCCACCAGCACUGGGGAGAUGGCUGGACUCUGCCCUGAGCUGCUUCUGAUCCCUCCACCCCUCUCUGACCGUGGAAUCUUGGAGGCAGUACAGAGCCCCGGUCCUGCUGGGAACCCCAACCCUCUGGCCGCUGACCCAGGCUGCCUGCUGGUGGAGGCCACAGCAAGCGAAGAAGCGGGGAGCAUGGAGAUCAUUGUGGAGGCGGUAGCUGGAAAUCUGUCCCCAGGUGCUUCUGGAGAGACCCCAGGUGUCCUGGUAAAGGUGGUGGAGGUGUACUUCUGUGAGCACUGUGAGCAGAGCUUCGCAGAGCCCACUCUGCUGGCCCUGCACCAAUGCCCUGAGCCCCUCACGCAACUUGAGCAGGGCGUCUCUCACCCACCCUGCUCCACAGAGCUGCCCCCAAGCAGCCUAACACUCCCCAGCCCCCUCCAGGACCAGAGCCCACCAGACAGCCCCCUGCCAUGCCCAGUGUGUAGACAGGAGUUUGCCCAGCCCCAGGCCUUGAAGAGCCAUUUCAAGAUUCACCGGGGCUCUCCUGCCGCCUUCUCCUGCCCAGAGUCAGGCUGCGCCUUCUCCACCACAGAACGCAAGGGGCUGCAGCAGCACCUGAGGCAGAUCCACGGAGUGGUACCUGUGCCCUGUUCUUUCCGGGGCUGCCCCCUGCUCUUCGGGAGCCAGCAGGGCAUGGAGCUGCACCGCCAGGCCCAUUACCCUUUCCACUGCAAGCACUGCAGCUUCACCGGCUCCAACAUCAAACUCUUCCGGCAGCAUCAACGAAGCCAUGGAGCCGGGACACCGGGAGGCCUGUCUGCGGUCCAGGGGCUCCCACACCAGGAGCUACUGCCAGCUCCCAGUCUGCCACCGGGAGAGGGAGCACCUUCGGAGCAAGCUGCCAUGCCCUUGCCAGGGCAGGAGUCAGCUGAAGAGGAGGACAUGGGGGAAGAAGAGGAGAGAAACACCCAGAGGGACCCCCAGAAAGGCCCAGAAGCCCAGCAUAUAGGAGGAGAUGCGGCUUCCGGCUCCGAGCCCCUCUUCAAGACACAUAUGUGCCCGGAAUGCAAGCGCUGCUUCAAGAAGCGGACGCACCUGGUGGAGCACCUACACCUGCACUUCCCGGACCCCAGCCUCCAGUGCCCCAACUGCCAGAAGUUCUUCACCAGUAAGAGCAAGCUCAAGACGCACCUGCUGCGGGAGCUGGGCCAGAAGGCCCACCGCUGCCCCUUGUGCCACUACAGCGCAGUGGAGCGGAACGCGCUCAACCGCCACAUGGCCAGCAUGCAUGAGGACAUCUCCAACUUCUACUCGGACACCUACACCUGCCCCGUGUGCCGCCAGGAGUUCCGCCUCAGCCAGGCCCUCAAGGAGCACCUCAAGAGCCACACGGCGGCGGCCGCGGCCGAGCCCUUACCACUACGCUGCUUCCAGGAAGGCUGCAGCUACUCGGCCCCUGACCGCAAGGCCUUCGGGAAGCACCUGAAGGAGACGCAUGGGGCCCGGGCUGUGGAAUGCCGCCACCACUCGUGCCCCCUGCUCUUUGCCACGGCCGAGGCCAUGGAGGCCCACCACAAGAGCCACUACGCCUUCCACUGCCCGCACUGCGACUUCGCCUGCUCCAACAAGCAUCUCUUCCGCAAGCACAAGAAGCAGGGCCACGCCGGCAGCGAGGAGCUGCGCUGCCCCUUCUGCCCCUUUGCCACCUUCAAUCCGGUGGCCUACCAGGACCACGUGGGCAAGAUGCAUGCCCAUGAGAAGAUCCACCAGUGCCCCGAGUGCAGUUUCGCCACUGCCCACAAGAGGGUGCUCAUCCGCCACAUGCUGUUGCACACCGGUGAGAAACCUCACAAGUGUGAACUGUGUGACUUCACGUGCCGGGAUGUGAGCUACCUGUCCAAGCACAUGCUGACCCACUCCAACACCAAGGACUACAUGUGCACCGAGUGUGGCUACGUCACCAAGUGGAAGCACUACCUCAGCGUGCACAUGCGGAAGCAUGCAGGGGACCUCAGGUACCAGUGCAACCAGUGCUCCUACCGCUGCCACCGGGCCGACCAGCUGAGCAGCCACAAGCUGCGGCACCAGGGCAAGUCUCUGAUGUGCGAAGUGUGUGCCUUUGCGUGCAAGCGGAAGUACGAGCUACAGAAGCACAUGGCCUCCCAGCACCACCCGGGCACGCCAGCCCCGCUUUAUCCCUGCCGCUACUGCAACUACCAGAGCCGCCACAAGCAGGCCCUGCUGAGCCACGAGAACUGCAAGCACACGCGGCUGCGUGAGUUCCGCUGCGCCCUCUGCGACUACUGCACCUUCAGCAACACCACCCUCUUCUUCCACAAGCGCAAGGCCCAUGGCUACGUGCCCGGGGACCAGGUCUGGCAGCUACGAUACGCCAGCCAGGAACCAGAGGGAGACCAGCAGGGCCCCACUCCGCCACAAGACUCUGAGCCCCAGGGGCUGGCCCAUGACCCUGCAGCUGCCCUGGACCCCAGCUUGGACUCAGCCCUGCCAGAGGCCAGUGGGGUUGCUGGCACCGGGGACAGUGAGGGUCACACCAGGGCUGAUCCUAUCAGUGGUCCCAGUCCAGCAGAGGUAGAUGAGGGGGGCUGCACACUUCACCUUGAGGCCCUAGGAGUGGAGUUGGGGCCGGUGGCCGAGCCGCCCCUGGAGGAAGAGAUGACAGAAGCCACCCCUGUGGAGCUCAGGCCUCUGGAUCCCACUGAGCCACUGAGGCUGGAAGAGCCAGGGGCAGUGCUGACAGAACUAUCUCCCUUUGGAGAUGUGGGGACGCCUGGCAUGGGUGCUGAUGAAGAGCCCAUCCCUGAGGCCCCCAGUCAGCCCCCUCCCUCAGAGGGUCCUCUCAACAGCUGGGUGGGAACCUUCAAGACGACUCCCCCCGCCACUACUGAGACGGCACCCUUGCCCCCAUUCCCUGAGUCUGAGUCAUUGCUCAAGGCCUUGAGAAGGCAGGACAAGGAGCAGGCUGAAGCCCUGGUGCUAGAGGGCCGGGUCCAGAUGGUAGUGAUCCAGGGUGAAGGCCAAGUCUUCCGCUGCCCACACUGCCCUUUCGUCACCCGCCGGGAGAAGGCCCUGAGCCUGCAUUCCAGGACUGGGUGCCAACCCCGCCGGGAGCCCCUGCUGUGCCCUGAGUGUGGGGCAAGCUUCAAGCAGCAGCGUGGCCUCAGCACUCACCUGCUCAAGAAGUGCCCUGUGCUGCUUAGGAAGAGCAAGACUUUGCCUGGCCCUCGGGCCCUGGGCACCCCAGCCUCAGAGGAUGCAGAAGGUGGACAGCCCCCUCUAGCACCGCCAGAAGCGAAGUUCCAGCUCCCAGAAGGAGCUCCUCCUCAGCUUCCUGGGGAGCCUGAAGAAGGCCAGGAGCCUCUCACUUCACCCUUGGCCUCCUUAGUCCCUCCAGCAAGAGACCUCUCACCCACAAAGACCCCUGAGAAGUUCCACUUUGACCAGGGCAAGUUUCACUGUAACUCUUGCACAUUCCUUUGCUCCCGGAUCUCUUCCAUCACCUCUCAUGUGGCAGAAGGCUGCCGGGGUGGUCGAGGUGGGGCAGGGAAGCGGGGGACCUCUCAGAGCAGUGGGGAGCCUGCUCCCCUCAAUGGUGGGAGCCCAGAGUGCAGCCCUGGGUCUGGAGAUGUUGCAGUUGUGACCCCCAAGCAGAAGGGUGCUCGUUUCUCCUGCCCCACAUGUCCCUUCAGCUGCCAGCAGGAACGGGCUCUGAGGACACACCAGACCCGGGGCUGCCCCCUGCAGGGGUCUGGGGAGCUGCACUGCAGCCUCUGCCCCUUCAUAGCACCUGGUGCUGCUGCCCUGCGGCUUCACCAAAAGCGAAAGCACUCUGCGGCCACCUCACCCCGGGGCCCCCGGCCCCUUCUGCGGUGCGGAGACUGUGACUUCACCUGCAAGCAGAGCCGCUGCCUGCAGCAGCACCGGCGCCUGAAGCACGAGGGUGUGAAGCCGCACCAGUGUCCCUUCUGCGACUUCUCCACUACUCGGCGCUACCGGCUGGAGGCGCACCAGUCACGGCACACGGGCGUGGGCCGCAUCCCCUGCAGUGCCUGUCCCCAAACCUUCGGAACCAACUCUAAGCUGCGGCUGCACCGCCUGCGUGUGCACGACAAGACCCCCACGCACUUCUGCCCGCUCUGCGACUACAGCGGCUACCUCCGCCACGACAUCACCCGCCACGUCAACAGCUGCCACCAGGGCACGCCCGCCUUCGCCUGCCCACAGUGCGAGGCCCAGUUCAGCUCCGAGACGGCCCUCAAGCAGCACGCCCUGCGCCGCCACCCCGCCGACCCCGCGGCCCCUGCCCCUGGCUCCCCCACCCAGGACCCGGCCCAGGCCGCGGAGGGCCCCCUACACUGUUCCCGCUGCGGCCUGCUGUGCCCCAGCCCCGCCAGCCUGCGCGGGCACACUCGGAAGCAGCAUCCCCGGCUGGAGUGCGGGGCCUGCCAGGAGGCCUUCCCGAGCCGCCCAGCCCUGGACGAGCACCGCAGGCAGCGCCACUUCAGCCACCGCUGUCAGCUCUGCGACUUUGCUGCCCGAGAGCGCGUGGGCCUAGUGAAGCACUACCUGGAGCGGCACGAGGAGGCCUCAGGUGGGGACGGGGACGCCAGCCAGCCCCCUCUGCACUGCCCCUUCUGUGACUUCACAUGCAGACACCAGCUGGUGUUAGACCACCACGUGAAAGGGCACGGGGGCACCAGGCUCUACAAGUGCACCGACUGCGCGUACAGCACCAAGAACCGACAGAAGAUCACCUGGCACAGCCGCAUCCACACCGGAGAGAAGCCCUACCGCUGCCACCUCUGUCCAUACGCCUGCGCUGACCCCUCACGCCUCAAGUACCACAUGCGGAUCCACAAGGAAGAGCGGAAAUACCUGUGCCCUGACUGUGGCUACAAGUGCAAGUGGGUCAACCAGCUCAAGUAUCACAUGACCAAGCACACAGGACUGAAGCCAUACCAGUGUCCGGAGUGCGAGUACUGCACCAACCGGGCGGACGCGCUGCGGGUGCACCAGGAGACGCGGCACCGCGAUGCGCGGGCCUUCAUGUGCGAGCAGUGCGGCAAGGCCUUCAAGACGCGCUUCCUCCUGCGCACGCACCUCCGCAAGCACAGCGAGGCCAAGCCCUACGUGUGCAAUGUCUGCCGCCGCGCCUUCCGCUGGGCCGCGGGUCUGCGCCACCACGCCCUCACCCACACCGACCGCCACCCCUUCUUCUGCCGCCUCUGCAGUUACAAGGCCAAGCAGAAGUUCCAGGUGGUCAAGCAUGUGCGCCGGCACCACCCUGACCAAGCCGACCCAAACCAGGGCGUGGGUAAAGACCCCAGCACCCCAACAGUGCACCUGCAUGACGUACAGCUGGAAGACCUGAGCCCGCCUGCACCUGCUGCUCCCCCAACUGGACCCGAGGGCUGACGGCCCAUACGGCCGCCCCCCAGAGGGAGAGCGUGUGGUCCAAGGUGCAGAAGGAAACCAGAGUUAUCUCCAGGCUGCAGGGCCUGAGAAAGACUGGCUUGGGGGUGUCCAGGUGGCUGGAACCCUCUGGAGUUGGAAGUUGGUGGCUCUGAAAGAGCCACAGGACCACAAGUGGAUUCUUGUUACAGUGAACUGGACUCUGACCCUGGGAGCUCCUGGCUUCUUCAUCACUCAACCAUAGUCCUGGCUGUGACAGCUUGGUUUAUUCCAUCUUCCCUUCCCAUUUUACUACGUAAGCCCUCGUCUCUUUGAAUGUCCUCAAGACGGUUGUAUCUAGCCGCAUGUGCUGUUGUGCCGAAUGUGCUAUAAAGCAUGUUAAACAGAA